AUGUCUAUCAAGGUUGCUGAAUUGAGAUCCAAGUCCAAGGAACAGUUGGAGACCCAGUUGGCUGAGUUGAAGCAGGAGCUUGCUUCCUUGAAGGUCCAGAAGUUGACCAGACCAGCUGUCCCACAGAUCGGUUCCGUCAGAAAGGACAUUGCCAGAGUUUUGACUGUCAUCAACGCUGCUCAGAGAGAGAACGUCAGAGCCUUCUACGCCGGCAAGAAGUUCCUUCCAAAGGACUUGAGAGCCAAGAAGACCAGAGCUUUGAGAAGAGCUUUGUCCAAGGAGGAUGCUGCUAAGUUGACCGUCAAGGCCAGAAAGCAGAAGCUCGCUUUCCCAAAGAGAGUCUACGCUAUCAAGGCUUAA